CACGAAUGAAUCAGCAAAAAGUGCAAUUUCCAUAAUUCACAGUCGUAUAAAAGACGAAAAUCAAUUUAUUUAUUUCCCAAAAAGGCUUGCUUAAAACCAAUUUAGAGCUUUAAAAAUCCGUGCAACCUGUUCUACGAGACUUCCUGCUUAGAGAUAUUCUACAUUCGAAACUUUGCGAACGUGAAAUUGACGGGAAUUCGAGGGCAUUUACCCGGAGAGUCUCGCCAACUACCGACCAAAACUAUUGAUUUCCCUUUUUGUUUAAGUUAGUUUGUUUGGAAAUGGAAUUUGUGGAUUUUUUGGUUUGCAUCGUACAUCGUGACUUCAUCGCUUCUCUCAUAUGAAUUCAACACUGAACAUCCACACCAAUCCUCUCUCAAACAUGUCAGUUGGCUCUGAUCGGCCUUCGAUACAUGAGAUGCUAAAGGAUGAACCGUCAAUGAGUGAGAGCAAAAGUUCGGUAUUUAGUGGCACAGAAGUAAAAUCGUAUAAACAUCCGACCACAUUGCCUGGGCUCCGUUCGGUGGGCCCUUCGUCGUCAUCCGCCGCUGCUGCUGCGGGAAAUGCCGCAACGACACCAAAUAACGCAUCAUCACACAAUACGCCGUCGUCGGCAGUGGGAACGCCCGCUUCCGUGGUUUCGCCCUUCAGCCCGUCGUCGCAGAACGGCAGUGAUUCGGCCUUCUUCAAGAAUGGCGCCUCCAAAAUCGACACGAUCAAAACGUGGAGCAUAUCGACGUACAAGUGCACGCGUCAACUCAUGAUGGAGCGUCUCGGGAAAACUUCACGGACCGUCGACACGGAACUCGAGGCGCAAAUCGAGCUUUUACGCGAAACGCAACGAAAAUAUCUCUCGAUCUUGCGUUUAUCGCGUGCUUUUAGCUCGCAUUUUCAGCAUUGCGUGCAAACGCAACACGCACUCGCCGAAGCGUUUAGUGAUUUGGCGCAAAAAUCGCCGGAGCUGCAGGAGGAGUUCAUGUACAACAGCGAGACGCAACGGAAUCUCACGAAAAAUGGCGAAUUGCUGCUGGGCGCCUUGAACUUUUUCGUGUCGUCCGUGAAUACGCUGUGCAACAAGACAAUCGAGGACACGUUGUUGACCAUCAGACAAUACGAGACGGCACGCAUCGAGUAUGACGCCUACAAAAAUGACUUGGAAGUUGCGCGACCCGAAGUUAGCAGUCCCGCAGCGGAGGAGGCGCAAAAGAAUUUCUCCAAGCACAAGGAGCAAUAUGAGAAGUUGCGUGCCGAUGUCGCCGUCAAAAUGCAAUUUUUGGACGAGAAUCGCGUCAAAGUCAUGCACAAGCAGUUGCUCUUGCUGCAUAAUGCCGUUGCGGCGUACUUCAGUGGAAAUGCGACGGCGCUCGAGGGCACGCUUAAGCAGUUCAACAUCAAAAGUCCCAAUUCCACGAGCAGUUCGUGGCUCGAGCAGUAGUUGGAAAGCAAUCGUUAUCGUCCCACGGACCAUUUUUCGUAUUUAUAAACAUUGAUAAACCUAUAGAUGAAGAAGAAAUUUAAUGUGAGCGUAUAUUCAGCAUAUAUGACAAAAAAAGUUUAAUGAAAAAUAUUUACACAUCACUUAUUGCUUCUGCUUUGUUACUCCUCAAGUACUAUUUAAAAAAAUUAAAUUUUAAUUUUUUUUUCACAUUCCUCCUUUUUGUGUUUUUUGCUUUUGUGUGUUUAAUUUUAAGUCUAAUUUAUUUAAAUAUUUUAUUAAUUUUUUAAAAAAAGGAAGAAAGAAUAAAACGAAAGCACAGUAGUUUGUCAAAUUCUAGUCAAAUCUCACUUUUUUUGUAUUAAUUGUUUAGUUUUAGAAAUCACCCAAAAUUUCGACACCCGUUUAAUUUAGUUUUAGAUGAAAUGAAAAAAAAAUCGUAGGUAAAAGUGAAAAUCAAGAAAUUUUUGAUGAGUUCGGAAUUUGAUGAUCAAAAUAUAUAUUUUGUGCAUAAAAAAGUAUAGAAACUAAUUUAUUGGAUGAAGAAUUGUAAGAAGUAAAAAAAAAAUAAA